CCCCCCCUUUCUUUCUUCACCCACACAGCGCGUCCAGCAGCCAUCCGCUCCUUUCUCAACCUUCCCGGCGUCACAGCCUUCCACUCUUUUGAAUCAGUUCAACAACUGCAAACGCCACCUUCAAUCGGUCGGUCGUUUUUAAGUUUACCAGACCUAUUACAACCUUUUGGCUGCGGUCGCGCCUUCUUUUACAUUACCGACCUCGUUUCGUUAAACCUGUCGAUUGCGGAGCGGUCUUGGCCGAAGCGCAUCACAUCGCCGUCAUAAAUCAGACAAAAUGCAGUUCAAGAGCAUCUUCGCCGUCCUCGCCACUGGCCUGUCCCUGGUCGCCGCCCAGGAGAGCGACAGCACCGUCACCUCUACCCAGACGCUGACCAGGACGGUCACCAUCACCGAGUGCAACCCGACGGUCACCAACUGCCCCGGCCGCACCUCCACCUCCACGUCGACCACCACGUCGACCACCACCACCACCAGCAGCAGCAGCUGGGCGUCGUUCCCUCUGUCCAACUCGACGAGCACCGUCGGUCCCACCGCCAGCUCCUCCUUCAUCUUCACCACCUCGACCGCCCUCGUCGUCCCGCCCUCGAGCUCGGGUGUCGAGGUCCCUCCGUCCGAGACGACGUCCAGCUCGCCCUCGAUCCCCACCGCCGCCGCCGCGGGCCUCUAUGUCCAGCCCGCCAUGCUUCUCGGUGUCCUGGGCGCCGCCGGUGUUGCUCUCCUGGCCUAAACGAACGUAGCCACUCUGUUCUCAAGAUGCGCGCUUCGAGAGGGACGGGUGGGAGGCUCAAGACUCAUCUGGCGUUGACGAUUUUAUACCCAUGAAUACAAGCUUUAUUUUUGAAACUCUUUGCUUCUCUGCCACCUUACUUGAUUCUCCGGGGAUGAGACGUUUGGGGCUUUUUGAUUGGAAGUAACACCUUGAAAGGUGUGGAAAAAGGGUGGGGGAACGGGAUUCAAUAUUACGAGGCAACUCGCCAACCAUUUCCUUUGAUUUUUGAUCAUCUUCGAGCGGGAUACCGGCCGGCAUGUUGGACAAUAGACUAUGACAUGCCUUUGUUGGCAUGGCUUGGGCAUCAUGGCGCCUGAGUUUCUGACCCGAGUUCUUUGUAGUGCUGCAGCUCGCACACAAGUGCUUGGUAACGAAUUGAAGGAUGAAAGAAACAUUCCGCCGGUC